UUGUAUAUAUAUUUGUGCCAUAAUUAGAUGUUAUCAGCAAUUAAAACUUGGAUGAGUGAUUCGGGUUAGCUCUAUCCAUCAAUGUCAUCGAUUAUUUAUUCCCCGUUUACUUCUCUACUUCCACUAAAGCCAAUAUCAUCAGCAUCAUCAACAGCAACAAUUAAUACAAGAUUAAAAAACCGAUUCCGAUCAUCAAUACUAGUAGUACUACGACCCCAGCAAAGACGCUCAGCUAAGUACCAUCCUACAGUUUGGGAAAAUAAGCAUAUCGACUCUUUCUUUACUCCCUACAACUAUGAGUUACACUCUGAACGACUACAAGAGUUGAAGCAAGUUACGAGUACUUCACUUAGAACCACAAAAGACCCUUGUAUUCUCUUGAAGCUUAUUGAUUCUAUCCAAAGGUUGGGACUCGAAUAUCACUUCGAAAAUGAGAUUGAAGAAGCUGUUUCUUUCAUUUACGCACAUAAUGAUCAAACUACUAGUAAUGAUCUCUUCAUGACAGCACUUAGAUUUCGUAUUCUUAGGCAACAUGGCUUAUUUGUUGGCUCAGAUGUGUUUGACAGAUUUAGAGGCAGAGAUGGGAAAUUCUUGGACAGCUUAAGCAGUAACAAGCAUGGAAUUUUGAGUUUGUAUGAAGCUUCACACCUUGGAAUGGCUGAAGAAAAUGUUUUGGAGGAAGCCAAGAGUUUCACCACCAAAAGGCUAAGAUAUUUCUCAGCUGGGAAAAUGGAUAAUACUUUGUUUGGUAAGCAAGUGAAACAAUCACUGGAAGUUCCACUGUAUUGGAGGAUGCCAAGAUCUGAAGCUAGGAAUUUCAUUGAUCUCUACCAAAUGGAUGAGACAAAGAGUGUGACUUUGCUUGAGUUGGCUAAGUUGGAUUAUAAUCUGGUCCAAUCUGUGCAUCAAAAUGAGCUUAAGGAGUUGGGAAGGUGGUGGGAAAAUUUGGGAUUCAAGAAAAAUCUACCUUUUGCAAGAGAUCGUGUGGUGGAGAACUAUUUGUGGGCCAUGGGAAUCGUAUCUGAGCCACAGUUCUCCAAAUGCAGGAUAGGCUUAACCAAGUUCGUUUGCAUAUUAACAGCAAUAGAUGAUGUUUAUGACAUAUAUGGAUCAUUAGAUGAGCUUGAACUUUUCACAAAUGCAGUAGAAAGCUGGGACAUAAGGGCAAUAAGGGAUGAAUUUCCUCUUUAUUUGAAAACAUGCUAUCUUGGCAUGCUUAAUUUUGGUAAUGAAGUGAUCGAUGAUGUUCUUCAAAACCAUGGCUUGAAUAUUUCCUCCUACAUUAAAGAAGAGUGGUUAAAUCUCUGCAAAUCAUAUCUUGUAGAAGCAAGGUGGUUUUAUAAUGAUUAUACACCAAGUUUGAAUGAAUACUUGGAAAAUUCAUCUACUUCAGUUGGUGGUCAUGCAGCUAUAGUUCAUGCUUGUAUUUUACUCUUAGAUGGCUCCAUACCCGAAACCUUACUGGAUUACAAUUUCAACCAUUUUCACUCUAAGCUGAUUUAUUGGUCAUCUCUUAUAACAAGGCUUAGUGAUGAUUUAGGAACUUCAAAGGAUGAGCUUAAAAGAGGAGAUGUGAAGAAAUCAGUGGAGUGCUACAUGGCAGAGAAAGGAAUAUGGGAAGAAGAAGAAGCAAUAAAUCACAUAAAAGAAUUGAGAAGAAAUUCAUGGAAAAUGGUGAACAAGGAGAUAAUAAUUGGGAAUAAUUGCCUGCCAAAAAUAAUGGUGAAGAUGUGCUUGAACAUGGCAAGAACUGCUCAAUUCAUAUUCCAACAUGGUGAUGGAAUUGGCACAUCAACUGGGGCCACCAAACAUCGUUUAGCCUCAUUGAUUGUCAAGCCUGUACACAUCGAUCCAUGUUCCAAACCAAUUAAUGGACUUGGAGACUCACAUAUAACCAUAAAAACUAAAAUAAAAAAAUAAAAGCAAUUAUUGAAGUCAUUCGUGCAUCUCUAAUCUAAGGGUACCACCACUUUCUAACAAUUUUUAUAUGAUGCAAAAAUAUAAUAUUUUAGUUUAUUUCUCAAAUUUUUAGUAUUUUUCUUUUAAAGUAUAAUAAUAGUAAGCAUUUCUCAAA